AUGCCGUACGACAGAAUCAGCGCAUUGCCGGAUUCUCUGAUUUCUCAGAUACUCUUAUAUCUCCCGACGAAAGACUCGGUGAAGACGAGCGUUCUAUCGACGCGAUGGAGAAACCUCUGGCUCGACGUUCCAGGUCUAGAGCUCCACUCGACUGACUUCCCUUACUAUGCCAAAUCUCGCAUCAAGACCUUCACCGACAGAUUCCUCCACUGUAACCGCGAGUUGAGCCUGCACAAGUUCAAAAUCAAGUACGACGAGUGCAAUGUGUACCUCUUCGGAAUCAGCGAGUGGUUCGCCGCAGCGAUUAACCGUGGAGCUCAGGUUCUCGACGUCGACACAUACCGGCGUCCUUAUUUCAAAGAUGUCAUGCCUCUGGAGAUUUACAAGAGCAAGACGUUGGUUUCCUUGAAGCUUGUGAACGUGGGGAUGCCGAAUCCGGGGGAGUUGGUUUCUGUUUCUCUGCCUUGUUUGAAGACGAUGCAUCUUGAAGACGUUGUGUACAGUGAUGAGGAUCCUCUGAUCUUGGAGAAGCUAAUCUCAGGGUGUCCUGUUCUUGAAGAUCUUACCGUGUGCAGGGCUCUUGAUGAUAAUGUGCCGAUUCUUCGCGUGAAAUCUCGGAGUCUCAAGAGGUUUUGUGUAAAGUCUGGUGGUUUUAGGAAGGACGUGCCUUAUAAAGAGUAUGCGGUUGAGAUUGAUGCUCCUGGACUCGAGUAUAUGAGCUUCAGAGAUGGACACUCUGGUAGAGUUUUGGCCAAGAAUCUGACUUGUUUGUUAAUGGUUGAUAUUGAUACCGGGUUUAAUGUUCUUCUUGGUAAUGUCACUAUGGAAAUGAGGAAAGGUAUUGUCCGUGAUUUCUUCACCGGUGUUUCUAGUGUAAGGCAUAUGAUCAUCUCUCAGCGUACAUUGGAGGCUCUCUAUCGUUGGUUGAAGCUUGGAACGAUUUCCGUAUUUCAGAACUUAUCUCGCUUAGAGGCUUCCUUCUGCACCUUCUUGUUACAAGUGUUGCCUCGUUUUCUUGAGAGUUUCCCGAAUCUAAAAUAUCUCACUUUGUACCUAGUUCAUACCGCUGUGCCAGAGCCAGAUAAGCUUGAACCUACCGUUGUGCCUCGGUGCUUACUGUCGAGUCUCGAGCGUGUUGAGAUUAAAGAAGUGAUUACGGAACAAGAUACUUUGUGGAAUAAGACCAUCAGUAAGAGAACCGCAACAAGACUAUUGAGGGUCAAGAAGAGUCACUGGAUGAAAGCAGUGAGGUACAUUCUCGAGAACUCAUUAGUCCUCAAGAGACUCAUUUUGUGUUUCUCUCCUUUAACCAACCAAGUCUCGGAUACCUCCAAGGAGCUUAGUACAUUCACAAAACGUUCUCGCAGAUGUGAAAUCUUCAUUCGUGUCCCAUAUCUUUGA